CCCGGUCUCUUAGGUGAUGCUGCAGCCAAGAUGGCGCUGGCGGCUGCCGCGGCGGCCUGAGCGUCAUGCUUCGGGCUCUCAGCGGCGGCUGUGGCCUCGGCCAGGGCCUCGAGUCUCUCCCGCGAGUGAGCGCUCCGGCGCCUCUCCGCCGGCCCCGGUGAGGCGGGACGGAGAGGAGGCCGCCGGGAAGAGAGGAGGCUGUGAGGAACGGCGAGAGAGCGGCGCUCGAGCCCCGCAGGCACCAUGGCUGGCAUCAUCAAGAAACAGAUCCUGAAGCACCUCUCCAGCGUUCCCUGCUGGCUGUGGUGGAGAUUGGUGUGCUGUGAAUUGCACAAUCACCCAAGUGAGUUCCAGAAGAGUCUAAGAGACCCUGGCAGCUGACUGCUUGCUCUCACCAGGAAUAGGGACCCUUUGUCUGAAUUUCCUGCCCUCAGAGGAACUUUAGGGGCUGGGGGACGGUUUGGACGGCAAAGUGCUUGCUGUGCCACAUAAGCCUGGUGUGGUGGUAUAGCCCUGUCGCCCGAGCACAUGGGAGGUUUACCAAAAAUUUAUCUCCUGACAAGAUCAAUCUGAGCACCCUCAAAGGAGAAGGCGAGCUGAAGAACCUGGAGCUGGACGAGGAGGUGCUCCAGAACAUGCUGGAUCUGCCCACCUGGCUGGCCAUCAACAAAGUGUUCUGUAACAAAGCGUCCAUCAGGAUUCCAUGGACGAAACUGAAAACACAUCCCAUUUGUUUGUCUCUAGAUAAGGUAAUAAUGGAGAUGAGUACAUGUGAAGAGCCACGAGCCCCUAACGGCCCCUCACCAAUUGCAACUGCUUCAGGACAGAGUGAAUACGGCUUUGCUGAAAAAGUAGUUGAGGGAAUUACUGUUUCUGUCAAUUCCAUUGUCAUCAGAAUUGGAGCGAAGGCUUUCAAUGCUUCUUUUGAACUUUCUCAGCUCCGUAUCUAUAGUGUCAAUGCAAACUGGGAACAUGCAGACUUGAGAUUUACUCGUAUUCAAGAUCCACAGAAAGGAGAGGUUUUGACAUUCAAAGAAAUAAACUGGCAGAUGAUUCGAAUUGAGGCAGAUGCUACCCAAAGUUCACAUCUUGAAAUUAUGUGUGCUCCUGUUCGAUUAAUAACAAACCAGUCAAAAAUCAGAGUCACCCUUAAGAGAAGAUUAAAAGACUGCAAUGUCAUUGCCACAAAGUUAGUUCUAAUACUGGAUGAUUUGUUAUGGGUUUUAACGGAUUCCCAGUUGAAAGCUAUGGUGCAAUAUGCAAAGUCUCUUAGUGAAGCAAUAGAAAAAUCAACAGAACAAAGGAAGAGUAUGGCUGCUGAACCUACGCAGAGCUCUACGGUGGCUUCAUCUGCACAGCACGUGAAGUCCCCACAGGCUGCGAAUGCUUCUGAUGUAAGCGAUGCAAUCGUGAAGCUCUUCAGUGACUUUGAUGUUAAGGAGACCUCCCAUCAUCUGGUGAUUUCCCAUCUAGAUCUACACAUCUGUGACGAUGUCCAUGCAAAAGAAAAAGAGUCAAAUAGACGUAUUAGUGGAGGUGCUAUGCAGCUCUCUUUCACACAGCUGACCAUUGACUAUUAUCCUUAUCAUAAAGCAGGAGAUAGUUGUAAUCACUGGAUGUAUUUUAGUGAUGCAACCAAAACAAAAAAUGGAUGGGCUAACGAGUUGUUACAUGAAUUUGAAUGCAAUGUUGAAAUGCUUAAACAGGCUAUGAAGGAUCAUAAUGCAGGUUCACCUCCUAAAUCUCCAACAUGUGCUUCUCCCCAGCACCUCCAAACAGAGAAAGAGCCCACUCUGAAAGGGACUCCUAAAACACCUUCAGUAUUAUUUCAACCAUCGAAAGCUAAGCUAAUGUCUAGUUCUGUUGUUGUUAGACUCGCAGAUUUCAAUGUAUACCAGGUCUCUACAGCAGAACAAUGUCGUUCUUCUCCUAAAAGUAUGAUUUCCUGCAACAAAAAAUCCCUGUAUCUUCCACAAGAAAUGUCUGCUAUCUAUAUAGAAUUCACGGAAUAUUACUAUCCAGAUGGGAAGGAUUUUCCAAUUCCAGCUCCUAAUCUAUAUAGCCAGCUGAAUGCGCUGCAGUUUACUGUAGAUGAAAGAAGCAUUCUGUGGUUAAACCAGUUCCUACUAGAUUUAAAACAGAGUCUUAAUCAGUUCAUGGCUGUGUACAAGUUGAAUGACAAUUCAAAAUCUGAUGAGCACGUUGAUAUUCGAGUUGAUGGCUUAAUGCUAAAGUUUGUCAUUCCUUCAGAAAUGAAACCAGGCUGCCAUCAAGAUCAGCCACAUACAGUGUCUAUUCAGAGCUCCGAAAUGAUUGCCACCAAUACCAGGCACUGUCCAAACUGCCGACAUUCUGACCUAGAAGCCUUGUUUCAAGACUUUAAAGAUUGUGACUUUUUUAGCAAAACUUAUACUAGAUUCCCCAAAUCUUGUGACAGUUUCAAUCUUCUCCAUCCGAUUUUCCAGAGACAUGCCCAUGAGCAGGAUACCAAAAUGCAUGAAGUUUAUAAAGGGAAAAUUAUUCCCAAAUUGAAUAAAAACACUCUAAAAACUUCUGCUGCUACUGAUGUGUGGGCAGUGUACUUUUCCCAGUUUUGGAUAGACUAUGAAGGGAUGAAAAGUGGGAAGGGACGACCAAUAAGCUUUGUAGACUCUUUCCCUCUGUCUAUCUGGAUUUGCCAGCCAACAAGAUAUGCAGAGUUACAGAAACAGCUCCAGGCUUGUGACCAAGGGUCUCUUAAUACCUCACAAAGUGAGUCCAGUGAUCUAGCUGGCCGGAUGAAGCGGAAGAGACUGCUGAAGGAGUAUUACAGUACGGAGUCUGAGCCUUUGACAAAUGGUGAUCAGAGACCUGCACCGGAAGCAUUUUUAAAGUUUUCCUCUUCGUCUUCAGAUGCGGACGUUCACGUCCUGGUCCGUGUUCAUAAACAUGUCAGUAUGCAGAUCAAUCACUACCAAUAUCUGCUGCUGCUUUUCAUACACGAGUCACUCGUUCUGCUUUCAGAUACCUUACGGAAGGACGUAGAAGCCGUGACCGGCAGCCCUGCUGCCCAGACUUCCAUUUGCGUUGGAAUUUUACUUCGGAGUGCGGAGCUCGCCCUCCUGUUGCAUCCAGUGGACCACGCGAGUCUGCGCUCUCCUGCAUCCGAGAGCGCGAGCCCACUGCUUCCUGACUACCUGCCCUCAGAAGAUGGAGGGUUUUUGUCGUCAAAGCGAAAGCAAGGUGGUGGCAUACAUCGAAUUAGAAAUGCUGCUCUCAAUCACAUGUCAGACAACAGGUCGAUGAGUGUCGACCUUAGCCAUGUCCCUUUAAAGGAUCCUGUGCUUUUUAAAUCAGCCAGCGACACAAAUCUGCAAAAAGGCACCUCUUUUCUAGACUAUUUAUCAGAUAAACAUUUAGGAAAAAUAAGUGAAGACGAAAGUAGUGGACUUGUUUACAAGAGUGGCCCAGGAGAAACGACACCAGAAAUAAGUCACAGGAAAGGUUUGUCUUUCACAGACUCAGAUAGUUUUUUGAACUGCGGAGAUGACUCGAAUAUGCUGUCACUGGUCAGCCACGGCAACCAGAGCACACCUUCAAAUACCGUGACUGGUCAGGGAAAUGAAGCCAUACGGUCCAUCUUCAAAGCUGAAGACUUCCUUCCGGAAGUGGCUUCCCUUUCUGAGAACCCAGACGGUAGUAAAGAAGAGGCCCCCACAGCCAGAGCACUUAAAUCCCAGCCCCCUCUCAGUGUUAAACCUAAGGAACGUUGCCCACCCACCCCAGCUCCGCUCUCUGUUUCUUAUAAGAACAUGAAAAGGAGCGCCUCACAGAUCUCCCUGGAUACCAUUUCACUGGACAGUAUGGUAUUGGAAGAGCAGUUGGAGAGCGACGGAAGCGAUAGCCAUGUGUUGUUGGGAAGAGCAAUUAAAAGGAACUCAAAUACAAGUUGCCAGAGCCCAGCAGAGAGUGUGAACACCAGUGCAAAUAUGCAGAACUAUGGGGAAGCCUCUCCAGAUGCCGUCAGCACUAACUCAGAGGGCGCUCAGGAGAGCCUCGAUGACCUGAUGUCAGUUGUGUUGUUUAAAAUCACUGGUAUUAAUGGGGAAAUUGACAUCCGCGGAGAUGAUACAGAAAUCUGUCUUCAGGUGAACCAGGUGACACCAAGUCAGUUAGGCAACGUCAGUCUUCGGCAUUACCUUGGUAAUCGUCCAAUUGGUUCUGGCCAGAAAGCUGUAAUCCACCCUAAGUCCUCUCCUGAGAUCUCUCUGCGGUUUGAAAGUGGGCCCAGAGCUGUAGUACACUCUUUGCUUGCAGAAAAAAACGGAUUCCUUCAGUGCCACGUAGAGAACUUUAGCACUGAGCUUCUGACUUCUUCCCUUCUGAAUAUUCAACACUUUUUAGAAGAUGAAACUGUUGCAACAGUAAUGCCAAUGAAGAUACAAGUUUCUAAUACAAAGAUAAAUUUGAAAGAUGACAGUCCCCGGGGUAGCACCGUGUCCCUCCAGCCAAGCCCAGUGUCUGUACAUAUCGAUCAUCUUGUGGUGGAGAGGAAUGAUGACGGCUCUUUUCAUAUCAGAGAUUCUCACAUGUUUAGCCCGGGGACCAGUUUCAAAGACAAUGCCCACAGUGAUUCAGUGGUGCUGACCCGGGGGCCAUGUGAUGUGAGGAAGCAGCACAGUGUCACCCAGGCCACCCAGACAAGCCCAGAGGCCCCUUCCCCUUCUCAGUCAGCUGACUCUCCUGAGCACCCUCUUGGCAUUACAAAGGAACAGCUCAUGAAGGAAAAUGAGUGUCUUAAGAAGGAGCUGGCUCGCACCAAGACAGCCCUUGCGGAGGCUCACUCAGCCAGAGAUGAACUUCUCCAUCGGAUGAAGCGCAUGGCCCUUGAGUAGCUGCAGUGGCUGCGAGUAUUUGGAUUGGAGCUCUGGAGUAAAAGGAUUGUUUAAAACUUGAUGUAACCAGUUAGUGGGAGAUUUCCCUUUACAUGAAAUAAAGCAAAACAGCCUGUGGUGAAGCGAUGACUGUUCUAAACCCGGUUUAGAAAAUACUGAGUACCAGCGGUACAGUGUGCUGGUUUGGCCUAGCAGGCAGCACACACGGUGACAUGGUUCCAUGCCUAGUGAAAGGACGUCUGCUCCCCAGUGCAGUGUCUCCUCACAGGAAAAGUGAAGACCUAUUGUGCUCAUACAGACUGCUGCAUUUAUUUCUCUGUUAAUAAUUUACUGUUAUUUACAAGAAAAAGAUGCUUUUAGGGCUAGUAGGCUUACAUUUUAAAUGUUAUUAAAAUUAUGUACUUAAUCUAUAAUUAUUUAAUUGCUGUAAAAAGUCCAAUCAGAUUAAUAAAUUAUAUAAUUACUGAGUUUACAAACUGAAACCUCUUGGCCCUACCAAGCUUAUAGAGUAACUUGAACAUGUGAAAAGAAAGGCGCCUUAAAUGAUGAGUGAGGUUUGCAUGAAGUACAGAUGUAAAAAUAAAAAGCACAAACGCUACAGUAUGGGCAAGUGACUUAAAAAGCAUUACUUGUACAUUCCAUUAAAUGUUUAUCAUUAGAAGUAAGCAAAAAGCAAUUUAUCUUGCUAUAUUUGGUAGUAUUUAUAAUUAUAAAAAAUUUAAUUAAUACUAUUUUAAUAUUUCUUUAUCUUUCCUCUUUAAGGAGAAUGUUUUCAGAGAAUUUGUUUUUCACGCACAGAAAACAAUUUCAUACCAUUCCUGUAGUAUCAUAUUACACAUGCUUGCUCAUAUGAAUAUAUAAAGCUAGUUUUGAUUAAAAUUCUGUGAUGUGUGUCUGUGUGUGUUUAUAUGUGUGUGCACACACAUACACACAUACAGUCUUCUAUAAGAGUCAUUGGUAAAUUUUGAAUUCUAUUUUCUAUGGGUUAAGGUUGAAAACAACAUGAGAGAAUCAUAAUUAUGAAAUAAAGUACAUGAGUAUUUUAAGAAACAGGUUUUUGAAGACAAUAUAUUUCUGAUAGAAUUAAAGUAAGUGGUGUCUAUUUUAAACUUAACAUUCCUAAAUAUAACUGUAUAUCCAGAUAGGCCAUGCAGCAGCUGGACUGUUCUUUCUUUAAGGCACUUGGAAACCCUGGUCCUGGCUGUGACACUCAUGGUGCUUUGCUCGUUGGCACGAGCCAUCCCUGCAUCUGAGGACUUGGCAGAAAAUAUGUACUUCAUUACAUUAUGUGUUGGGGUUAUUUAAGUUUUAUUGUGAACAGUAUUUACCUCCCCUUUCCCCAUAUCAUCCUUUUCAGUUGACAUCAUGAAAAUAUAGGCGUUGUUUGAGAGCCAGCAUACAGCCAAGAACAAAUGAAAUUGUUACUAUGUUACCUCAGAGCAUUUAUACACCGUGUUAAAACUUUGUUACUCUAACCUGUAUGUAGCCUUAGAUUAAGCACAGAGGUCUGAUUAGAGCUUGGAAUGUAUAGCCUGCUGACCUGUGCUGUCUCCCUAUGUGUUCAGCAACACAGUCUCGUAAGGGAGGGACGUGAACUUCUGAGCUGAUGCUGUUUCUCAGGACUGACCUGUUCUACAUAAGAAGACACUUUUUCUAUGGAAUCAUGUUAUACUGUUUAAUGUGAUUAGACACUGAAUGUUUUCCUUAUUUCUUUAAAAUGUAUUUGGCCUUGCCACGAAAUCUUAUAAACAACAGAGGUGAUAAUAUGCCAAGUACUCUG